AUGCAGUUCACCACCGUCUUCACCAUCCUCGCCGUUGCCAUGACCGCCGCUGCGGCCCCGGCUGAGGUUGUUCCCCGCGCCACUACCAUCGGCCCCAACACCUGCUCCAUCGACGACUACAAGCCUUACUGCUGCCAGUCUAUGUCCGGCCCCGCCGGCUCCCCUGGUCUCCUCAACCUCAUCCCCGUCGACCUCAGCGCCUCGCUCGGCUGCGUUGUCGGUGUCAUCGGCUCCCAAUGUGGUGCCAGCGUCAAGUGCUGCAAGGACGAUGUUACCAACACCGGCAACUCUUUCCUCAUCAUCAACGCCGCCAACUGCGUUGCCUAA